UCAUCAUAUGUCGCAGUGUUUUGUCUCUUAAAUCAAACAAAUCGAAACGCUUGUCCUCGCCGAUUUGCCUAACUUCAACGGAGGAAUAACCAUCCAAUUCAUCCACAUGUCAAUGGGUUGGCCGCGACAUGCCACAAUCCGCAUUUGAUAACUAUGGGGAUCUUGAUACAUAUGAAAUAUGAUGUUGAUGGCAUAAACCUGAAAAAAGAACUCAAGUUGUAUAGAAUGGAGCUUGAUUUGAAUGAGGAGCCUUGGGACCCAACUCAUUCAGUUGUUGAAUUUGAUUCUAUAUUGGAUGAACUAGAAUCUGCCAAUGGAGAUAUACAUGACCGUAUUAGACACCUUGAAGCAGUGAUUUCCAGAGCUAGGCAGCGUCAGAGGUGGCCGACGGGAGAAGCCACUGCAAAUAAUGCUCAAGAUGAAGAAGGAAUGGAGCAUCAGGAAGUUGAAGAAGGAAUAGUUGAAAGUGGGAAAGUGGGCAAAGGGAAGGGUUCUGAUUUAAUAGCUAAAGCAUUGGGUGGGGUGGAAACAGAUGCCUGCAAGGCAGGGGGCAGCACUGGAAAUACGAUUCAAGGUUCUCAAUCUCGCCUGGGGACAGACAGUAAUCAACAUACUGUUUCCCAUCCAGUUUCAAGGUUGUUAGUACAAGGAGUUGCUUCAUUUUCAUCCCUUUCAUCAGCAUGAAAUUCUGCAGAAAGAUUAGUUGAGGAGGACCUUGAAUCAUAUAUGCAUGGUCAUGCUGUUAAUAGAAAUUCAACUUUUAGUGAUGCUGCUACAAAUCUGUCAGCGUCUUGCUCGAGAUGUUACUGCAACCAAUUCCACACCUGCAGCUUCUGUGCCUGCUUCAAGUAGGAAUGUUGACACAAUUGCUGUUUUAGGCUCAGAUUAUAGUCUCUCUCUCCCCUAUCUCUUUCAUCUGUUACAUUGGAGAUGCUUUUGCUCUUUCUGGUUCAGUUACUUAUUUUGGUUAGCGACUAAGAUAUUACUAGUAGCAUUCUAUUACACCGAAAAUUAUCGAGUAAAUGUCGAUUUGAUCCUCCACAAUUUAUUAUU